AUGAAGUUCCAACUUAUGCUUCUGUCCUUGAGCGCGGCGGCCGCACUUCCCUCCAUGUCGCCAGCCCUUGAGGAGAGAGAGUUGACAUGGAACGAUGUUCCGGCUUGCAAGAAUGGCGGUCACCUUCCCGAUGACGUAUACAAGUACGCGGAUGAUUGCAGGCAGAAGUGUUUUGGAAGGGAGGAGGCUGGUGGCGAUAACAAAUACGGAGUUUGCGCUGGCUACUGCAGAACGGCCGCUGUCCUUGGUUCCUUCAAGUGCUUCGGCCAGCAGAUUACGAGUUAA